AUGGGGAAGGACCAGGAACUGCUGGAAGCUGCUCGCACUGGGAAUGUGGCUCUGGUGGAGAAACUCCUCUCUGGGAGGAAAGGAGGGAUCCUGGGCAGUGGAUCUGGAGCUAUUCCCUUAUCCAGCUUACUGAGCAUCUGGCGAGGACCAAAUAUAAACUGCACAGACAGUUCAGGCUAUACUGCUUUACAUCAUGCAGCUUUAAACGGACACAAGGAUAUAGUUCUCAAAUUACUUCAGUAUGAAGCAUCAACUAACGUGGCAGAUAAUAAAGGUUAUUUUCCUAUUCACUUGGCUGCUUGGAGAGGAGAUGUAGACAUUGUGAAGAUUCUCAUCCAUCAUGGGCCAUCACACUCCAGAGUGAAUGAACAGAACAAUGAAAAUGAAACAGCACUGCAUUGUGCAGCUCAGUAUGGUCAUUCAGAAGUAGUUGCUGUUCUGUUAGAAGAGCUAACAGACCCUACAAUAAGGAACAACAAACUAGAAACACCUCUGGAUCUGGCAGCACUUUAUGGACGUCUGCGCGUUGUAAAAAUGAUCAUCAAAGCAUAUCCAAACCUGAUGAACUGUAAUACAAGAAAACACACUCCUUUGCAUCUUGCUGCACGUAAUGGCCACAAAGCUGUUGUACAGGUGCUUCUGGAGGCGGGAAUGGAUGUCAGCUGCCAAACAGAAAAAGGGAGCGCAUUACAUGAAGCAGCCCUAUUUGGAAAGGUGGAGGUAGUACGCAUUUUGCUUGAAACAGGAAUUGAUACCAACAUAAAGGACAGUUUGGGUAGAACGGUUUUAGACAUUCUUAAAGAACAUCCAUCUCAGCAGUCACUCCAAAUUGCGGCUCUACUUCAAGAAUAUAUGGAAACAGGAAAUGCAAGUAUUUCAGAGGAACGCCCACUGGAAUUCGCAGAACAUCAGUCUUGCAUUUUGUCCCCAGAAGUUCCUCCGUCUCCAAAGGCUAAAAGUGAAGCUGUGACUGGAGAAUUAUCAAAGCUCUUAGAUGAAAUCAAAUUGUGCCAAGAAAAGGAAUACUCUUUUGAAGAUCUGUCUCAUACAAUCUCAGACCAUUUUCUGGAAAAUUUUAGUAAAGUAUCAGAGGAAGAACUUAUGACCAGUGGAAGCCAAACCAAGCUUAAUGUAGUAAUACUGUUUCUUUAUGCACAGAGGCCACCUUCAACAUGUUUAUCACCAAGAGAGGAAGAAGAUGAUGAUGCAGGUGAAAAUACUUGUGGUCCUUCAGGUUUAUGGGAGGCACUGACCCCUUGUAAUGGAUGCAGGAACCUUGGAUUUCCCAUGCUCGCACAGGAAUCUUAUUCAAAGAAGAGAGGUUAUGCAUUGGAAGCAAUACCCUCUGUACCUCUGGAUGCAGUUGCUUCAGAAAAUGACAGCAGUCUUUGUGAUUCGAUAGACAUAGCAGUGACCAAAAAACCUUGUUCCCUAGAGAUAGCAAGAGUACCUUCCUCAAGACCAGAUAAUGCACCUCAGGUAGCAAUUACCGCACCAGGAUCUGGUAACCAUAGAAACAGCUCUACAGGCCCAACACCUGACUGCUCUCCUCCAUCACCAGACACCGCACUUAAAAACAUAGUGAAAGUUAUACGUCCUCAGCCCAAGCAGCGCACAUCAAUAGUAUCUUCUCUGGAAUUUCACCGAAUGAAUCACAGCCACAAUUAUUUUGAAAUCAGCUCAUCCAUUGGCUGUACGAGUUUUAUUUCUACUCCUGCAAUCAGUCCAGCUAAUUAUUCCUUUGGAUCUCUGGAAUACAGUGUUGAAGAGAGAGAACUUCCAGAGCGUCUUUGCCAGGAAGAAACAUCCACUGAAAGUGAGCUUCCUGAAGGACACACUGCUGAACAGUUUGAAGGUUUACUUCAUGGAUCAUCACCUGCGUGUGACCCACCUGAAAAUCCACUCCAGCUGUACAGCAAAGCAAACCCGUGCAGCGGUCCACUAGAGAAAAACAUUUUGAGCAAGAGCACAGUGCAGCAGAUACAGCUACGGAAAGAAAGCAACAGUGAUCCUCCCAUUAAGAAAAAAAAGCCACCAGUUGUAAACAGAACCAUAUUUCAUACUAAAACUAAACCAGUAGAAAAUCAUACCUUGGUUGGCACGUCAACAAGGAUAAGUGAACAAUGGGUUAUUACUACAGGGGGAUUUGUGGAGCGAGCAUGCACACUCGGGAGAAUACGAUCUUUACCAAAGACUUUGCUUGAAAUGCAUUUGUGCAAAAAUGUUUCCAAAUCUGAUUCUAAUCUUAUCACCCAUCCACCAAAUGACAAAAAAGCAAGAAGCAACUGGAGUGAACCCACACCAAACCAGCAGUGCUCCAAAGGGAAUUCGGAGAGGACACCUUCCUUCACAUCAGAAUGGGAAGAAAUUGAUAAAAUCAUGAGUUCAAUAGAUGCUGGAAUUAAUACUGGACUGGGGGAGAUGAAUGAUCAUGCUACAAGACCCCGAUGCCCUGUCCAGACAGUGGGACAAUGGUUGGAAAAUAUUGGGCUACCUCAGUACGAAAACCACUUGCUGGCUAAUGGAUUUGACAAUGUGCAAUUUAUGGGAAGCAACGUAAUGGAGGACCAGGAUCUCUUGGAAAUAGGAAUCCUUAACUCUGGACACAGACAGAGAAUACUCCAAGCAAUCCAGCUUCUCCCAAAGAUGAAGCAGAUCGGUCACGACGGCUACAACCCCACCUCUGUAGCUGAAUGGCUGGAUUCCAUUGAACUGGGUGACUAUACCAAAUCCUUUCUAAUUAAUGGCUAUACAUCGAUGGACCUUGUGAAAAAAAUCUGGGAGAUUGAAUUAAUUAAUGUCUUGAAAAUUAGCUUGAUUGGCCACCGGAAGCGCGUUCUGGCAUCUUUGGGAGACAGGCUUCACGAAGAUCCCCCUCAGAAACCACCUCGGUCAAUAACCCUCAGGGAACCCAGUGGUAACCACACUCCUCCUCAGUUGUCUCCAUCACUUAGCCAAAGCACUUUCACUACUGGUGGCUCCCUGGACGUUCCCCACAUUAUCAUGCAGGGCGAUGCAAGGAGAAGAAGAAAUGAAAACUAUUUUGAUGAUAUUCCCCGGUCAAAGCUGGAGAGGCAGAUGGCACAGCAGUCCUCUGUCUGUGAGAUCUGGACCAACCAGAAUGCAGGAUAUCCUUUCUCAUCGAUUCAUCAGGUUCAUAAUACAGGAGACUGGGGAGAGCCUUCAAUUACCUUGCGACCUCCAAACGAAGCCACAGCAUCAACGCCUGUACAAUAUUGGCAACAUCAUCCAGAGAAACUCAUCUUCCAGUCAUGCGAUUAUAAAGCAUUUUAUUUAGGUUCUAUGCUGGUAAAAGAGCUAAGAGGCACUGAGUCAACACAGGAUGCGUGUGCAAAGAUGAGGAAGUCUACAGAACAAAUGAAGAAAGUACCAACCAUUGUCCUGUCUGUCUCUUACAAGGGAGUCAAAUUUAUUGAUGCAACAAAUAAGAAUAUUAUUGCUGAACAUGAAAUCCGUAACAUUUCCUGUGCUGCACAAGACCCUGAAGACCUUUCUACAUUUGCGUACAUCACUAAAGACUUGAAGACUAAUCAUCACUACUGCCAUGUAUUCACUGCGUUCGAUGUGAAUUUAGCUUACGAAAUCAUUCUUACGCUAGGACAAGCAUUUGAGGUGGCCUAUCAGCUUGCCCUACAAGCACGAAAAGGGGGCCAUUCUUCAACUCUCCCAGAAAGCUUUGAAAAUAAACCCUCCAAGCCUAUUCCCAAACCACGUGUUAGUAUUCGGAAGUCAGUGCAGAUAGAUCCAUCGGAACAAAAGACUCUUGCGAAUCUACCAUGGAUUGUUGAACCUGGACAAGAAGCCAAAAGAGGCAUUAAUACCAAGUAUGAAACUACAAUUUUCUGA